GUCUGCCCUUUCAAGAGGUAACAUCACAAAAUAAGCGAUACUCCUUCAAAAGUGAUUUGGAUCGUGAUUCUACAAACAGAUACAUCAAAAAUAUUUUUGCAGAUACUUGAAACGAGACUUGGCACAAUGUUCCUAAAAGUGUCAUUAAAUAUUUUAUUAUACAUUCUUGUGAUGACAAUGGCUUAUUCUAUCAAUAAAAAUGCAAGAAGUUUGGAGCAUAGUAUGAUUGAUUUAAUUUUGUUGAACGUUACGACAUCGUUGCAUUAUGAUUUGAAGCUAUCACUGAAGCCGGGUUACGUGUCUCAUGGAGAAGUCAAUAUUUAUGCUUAUAUUAGUUGUCCUACACAAUACAUAACUUUACUUACGUCAGAAAAUAUAAAUGUGACACAAGUUAAUUUAAAAUCUAAGAAUGGAGAAACCUAUGUACCAAAACGUUCAUAUAGCCAUCAUAAGAAUAAGGUCGUUCUUAAUUUUGCCGAAGAAUUUUUUGAUAAUAGUUUGAAAUGCGGAUUUUAUAUUCUAUAUGUUAAUUUUACAAACACUGACACGGAAGAACUUUCACAAACUUUAUACACAGGCGAAGAGGAAAAUAAAAAAUUUAUCGCCACAUUGUUCCAGCCGACAAAAGAACGACCAUUAUUUCCAUGUUUUAACACGUCUGAUUUCGUCUCCCUUAACAUUUCAGUAAAACAUGAUAGACGAUACCAAGUUUUAUCGAACAUGCCAAUAAGAAAUCAAUCUGUAUCUAAUGACGUGAUGCUUACGCAUUUUCACACAUGUCCUUAUACACAUAUUUACAAAGUAGCUAUAAUUUUGAUGACGUCUGAUAUGACACCUUCAGAUCCUAUCAGCUUUGAUUCUUAUGAAUUUGCUUAUUCGAAAAUAAUGAUCAAUACGUGGAGCAGGUCGCAUAUGGUACCCCAUACGAAAUUUGCACAAGAUGUUCUCGGAAAUAUAACUAGAUGUUUAGAAGACAGUUGGGGGAGUUUGAGGACAGGCGUUAAAGUGGAUUAUGUUGUUAUUCCAAAUCUCAAGGGCCAUAGCAUGCAGACUUGGGGAUUGCUACUUUGCAAUGAAGCAUAUAUUACCUACGAUGAAGAAUUAUAUCCUGCCUAUAAAGGUACGGUAAAGCGCUUAAUAGCUCAUGAUGUAAUAUAUCAAUGGUUCGAUGGUUUCUUCUAUCCUUGGCAUAAUUACUGGUUGUUAAAUGAGGGCUUCAUUAAGUUCGUCGAAGGACAUAUAGUUGAAAAGUGUUUUCCAAGAUCUCGAAUGCUGGAAUUGUUCACAAUUCAAGAUCAGCAUGAAUAUCGUUAUAUGGACGUAAAUUUUCCUACUGAUAUUUAUGAAAAUUCUAUAAAUGAUGCACAUAAAUUUAAAAUUAAUUCACUUUCUAUUCGUCAACGUAUUAUAGGACCUAUUGUAUGGCGCAUGUUAAAAAGUGUAAUGCCUAAUAGUGUGUUUUGGGAUAGCAUCGACGUAUAUGCAAACUCGGGUUCGACUUACAAUUUGAGAACUCCCGGUAAUUUAUGGAAUAUUAUGCAGACUUACAUAGAGAAUCCAAAAAUUAAGAAUUACGAACUAAACGUACAAGAAAUAAUGAAUGUUUGGACUCAAGCGAAGCAUUGUCCUGUGGUUAAUGCAAUACGACAUUAUAAUGAAGCUUAUGUGAGUGUAUCAAUAGACAAAGAACAAACAUUCAAUGAAGCAACCUUUUUUAUACCCAUCACCUUUACUACGGAAAUGGAGGUUGAUUUCAAAAUAAGAUCGUCAACUAUUUAUCAUUGUUUAACGGAGUCAACUCUCGAGUUAAUAAUACCCAUUAUAAAUAAAAAUAAAUGGAUUAUUGUCAAUCUACAACAAACUGGAUAUUAUCGCGUCAAUUAUGAUCCGGAGAAUUGGCGAAGAAUUGCACAUUAUUUAAAUUCUGAAGACUAUAUUAAUAUUCAUGUCCUCAAUCGAGCACAAAUAAUCGAUGACGCGUUUCAUCUUGUAAUGGAAAAAAAAUUGAAUUCCUCUAUAUUCUGGGAACUUGUGCGUUAUUUACCGAGAAGAGAGAAAAAUUAUUUAGCAUGGUACCCUAUGAUCAAAGUUUUUGAAUACUUGUCGAACUAUUUUGCAAUGAUAAAUGCACUUGACGAGCAUCUUCCUUCAGAACUCCAGGAUGUAUCAGUUAAAAUAAAAAAGAUUUUGGAAUAUAAAAAGAUCAUAUACCUCCAUUUUUAUAUAGAUACAAGGAUAUACACAAUCCAAUGAAACCCGUUCAAAGCAAUUUUAAUAAAUAUUUAAAACUGGAUCUCACAAAAUGGGGAUGUAUUAUCAAUAACGAUAAAUGCAUAGAAAUGGCCAAAGAUAUAUUAGAAUUGUAUAUACAAAAUAGUACAUUAAACAAAAUUGCACCUGGGUGGGAAGAAUGGACAUAUUGUAAUGGUUUAAAGACAGCAAGCGAAAGUAUGUGGUAUACUGUAUAUUUGAU